AUGAUACGUGCUCUGCUCAGUUACUGCGAGCCAAACCAGGACGUUCUGCCAUUCAAACGAGUGACUCUCGUGAGGUUAACGUACGAGCAGUGCCAUUCGGUUGACCCUUUUCUCCUGCAAUUUUUUACUUACCUUGAUAAGUUCCAGAAUUCUAGAGAUAACUCAGAUCUUCAACCAUCCUUUGACCGCGGAGUAACUCAAUUUGUGGGCUUCAGCCCUGAUUCUUCACCGACCCGGAAACAGGAGGCAAUGAGCGCCGUGAAUUCCUUUGCCGAGUACCUGUUCCGGAAUCUUUUCCUGCCAAUGAAAGCAUCGGGGUCUAAGACACCCCAAACAUCAGCUGCAAAUCUUUCCGGCCCCGCAGUUGAAAAUAUCGCUAUCAAACGAGAGGAAAGCGAUGUUGAACCAAAGGAUGAUGAUGGCCUCCCGCUGACUGGCCCACUUACACGAAUAGAGGUUGCUCACAUAAUGCCUCGUUCCAUAAUGUCAACGAAGGCUGGGGACAAUAAUCCGGAGUUGAGUGCCUCUAAGAAAAUUGCCCUUUCAAUUUUAAAUAUGUUUGAUCCUGGUGUGGUUCAUCUAAUCUAG